GCAAUAGAAUUCUUUAUUUUUUCCUAACAGGACGUGACAAUGCAUGUGAGAAAACUUCAUAUAUGUUCCUUCGGAAAGAACUUCCUGUGCGACUAGCUAAUACCAUGAGAGAAGUCAAUUUGCUGCCUGAUAACUUGCUAAACAGGCCUUCAGUUGGGCUAGUUCAGAGUUGGUACAUGCAAAGUUUCCUUGAGCUUUUAGAAUAUGAAAAUAAAAGCCCUGAGGAUCCUCAUAUUCUGGAUAACUUUUUAGACGUUUUAAUCAAAGUAAGGAACAGACACAAUGAUGUGGUUCCUACAAUGGCUCAAGGGGUGAUUGAGUACAAGGAAAAGUAUGGCUUUGAUCCAUUUGUUAGCAGUAACAUCCAGUAUUUUCUAGAUAGGUUCUACACCAACCGCAUCUCUUUCCGCAUGCUUAUUAACCAGCACACUCUUCUUUUUGGUGGAGAUACUAAUCCUGCUCAUCCAAAGCAUAUUGGGAGUAUUGAUCCAACCUGUAAUGUGGCUGACGUAGUAAAAGAUGCUUAUGAAACAGCUAAGAUGUUGUGUGAGCAGUACUAUCUGGUUGCACCAGAGUUGGAAGUUGAAGAAUUCAAUGCUAAAGCUCCAAACAAGACUAUUCAAGUAGUCUAUGUACCCUCACAUCUGUUUCAUAUGCUGUUUGAGUUGUUCAAGAACUCAAUGAGAGCUACAGUGGAAUUACAUGAAGGUAGGAAAGAAGGCUAUCCAUCAAUUAAAACAUUAGUCACUUUGGGAAAAGAAGAUCUAUCCAUAAAGAUAAGUGAUCAGGGAGGUGGCGUCCCUCUGAGAAAAAUAGAUCGACUGUUUAACUACAUGUACUCAACAGCACCUAGGCCUAGUUUGGAGCCAACCAGAGCUGCACCUUUGGCUGGAUUUGGGUAUGGUUUGCCAAUCUCUCGUCUUUAUGCGAGAUACUUUCAAGGUGAUCUCAAACUCUAUUCAAUGGAAGGCGUGGGUACUGAUGCUGUAAUUUAUUUGAAGGUAACAACUUAA